AUGAAGUCUAUUGGCUUAAAGAGUGUCAAGGCUUGUGGGUCAAAGAGUUCUAUACGCCUAGAGGGUCAGCCAUGCUCAUUAGGCCAUAGUAGAAGAAAAGUCAAGCUUAUGGAUGAACGAUCAUAUACUCUUUCAAUUGGCAACGGAGACUACUUUUGGACAAAUAAAGACACAUUGUGGAAUUACAUGCAGACUCUGUCUGAAGAAAAAUUUGCCCAAGCAGUGUGUUUUUUGCUUGUAGACCUGUAUAUAUUAACCUACCAAGCUGAGAAAGCUUUGCAUCUUCUUGCUGUCCUAGAAAAAAUGAUUUCACAGGGUAACAAUAACAAAAAUGGAAAGAAUGAGACUGGUAAUAACACCAACAAAGAUGGAUCUAAUCAUAAAGCUGAAAGUGGAGCUCUAAUAGAAGCUGCAAAAUCAAAGAUACAUCAGUACAAAGUACGAGCUUAUAUCCAAAUGAAAUCUCUGAAAGCAUGCAAAAGGGAAAUCAAGUCAGUUAUGAACACAGCUGGAAAUUCUGCACCCUCUCUGUUUCUUAAAAGCAAUUUUGAGUACUUAAGGGGCAAUUAUCGAAAAGCCGUGAAGCUAUUAAAUAGUUCAAACAUUGCUGAGCAUCCAGGAUUCAUGAAAACAGGUGAAUGUUUGAGAUGCAUGUUCUGGAAUAAUCUUGGUUGCAUCCAUUUUGCCAUGAGCAAGCACAAUUUGGGAAUUUUCUACUUUAAGAAGGCUCUGCAGGAGAAUGACAAUGUCUGUGCUCAGCUCAGUGCAGGUAGCACUGAUCCAGGCAAAAAAUUUUCAGGAAGACCCAUGUGUACAUUACUAACCAAUAAGAGGUAUGAGUUGCUGUAUAACUGUGGAAUUCAGCUUCUUCACAUUGGAAGGCCUCUUGCUGCCUUUGAGUGUUUGAUUGAAGCAGUUCAGGUUUAUCAUGCAAAUCCUCGCCUCUGGCUACGGCUGGCUGAAUGCUGCAUUGCUGCCAAUAAGGGGACAUCUGAACAAGAAACUAAAGGUCUUCCAAGCAAAAAAGGAAUUGUACAGUCUAUUGUUGGUCAAGGCUAUCACCGUAAAAUAGUUCUGGCUUCCCAGUCCAUACAGAAUACUGUUUAUAAUGAUGGGCAGUCUUCAGCCAUUCCUGUAGCCAGUAUGGAGUUUGCAGCCAUUUGUCUCAGAAAUGCCUUGUUGCUGCUACCUGAAGAACAGCAAGAUCCAAAGCAGGAAAAUGGGUCUAAAAACAGUAAUCAAUUAGGUGGGAACACAGAAAGCAGUGAAAACAGUGAAACUUGCAGCAGUAAAAGCCAUGAUGGAGAUAAAUUCAUUCCAGCUCCACCUUCUUCUCCAUUGAGAAGACAGGAAUUAGAAAACUUAAAGUGCUCCAUACUUGCUUGCAGUGCUUACGUGGCUCUGGCUUUGGGGGAUAACCUUAUGGCUUUGAACCAUGCAGACAAACUUCUUCAGCAGCCCAAGCUGUCAGGAUCUCUUAAGUUUUUGGGACAUUUAUAUGCUGCAGAAGCACUCAUCUCUCUCGACAGAAUAUCUGAUGCUAUUACUCACUUGAACCCGGAGAAUGUCACUGAUGUCUCCUUAGGGAUCUCUUCAAAUGAGCAGGACCAAGGAUCAGACAAAGGUGAAAAUGAAGCAAUGGAAUCUUCUGGGAAGCGGGCCCCUCAGUGCUACCCCAGUUCCGUCAACUCUGCCAGGACUGUGAUGCUGUUCAACCUUGGCAGUGCUUACUGCCUGAGGAGCGAAUAUGACAAAGCCCGAAAGUGUCUCCACCAGGCGGCUUCAAUGAUCCAUCCUAAAGAGGUGCCUCCUGAGGCCAUCUUGUUGGCAGUCUACCUUGAACUGCAGAAUGGUAAUACCCAGCUGGCCUUACAGAUCAUCAAAAGGAAUCAGCUGCUCCCUGCAGUGAAAACACACGCUGAUGUGAGAAAGAAGCCAGUGUUUCAGCCUGUCCACCCGAUCCAGCCCAUCCAAAUGCCGGCUUUCACCACUGUGCAGAGAAAGUGAUAUUGCACUUUUGGAAAAAUGUUACCUGAGACCCAGGGCAGUAUUUACUGGCCUUUGUCAUUGUAUCACAACAAAAUGAAUAAAAGACAGACGGUGAAGGUUGUUAGUUUUGAAGACACAAUUUCCACUCGUUCUACCCAUGACUGUUUUGCCAGAAGCUUACUUAAAAUUAAGGAUUCACAAACUCAUUUUCAGCUGUUUUUCUUUAAUUUCUGCCUAUUAAUUUCGAGCCAUUAUUCAAUAUGUGUCAUGGGCAAUUAAAACACGAUCUUAUCAGAA